AUGGGUCAACCGUUUAGGUUCUGUACAGUGAGCUGUCUUGCCUGGGAGACUAUUAUGGGCUCUGUUUCAUCCAAUCUGAUUCAUGCCCGCUGUUCGCUUCCUCCACAGGGGUGACAGAUUGCUACGUUUUCAAGAGCCGCCUGCAGGAAUAUGCGCAGAAAGUUGGUGUUCCCACUCCGGUGUAUCAAACUGUGAAAGAAGGGCCCUCCCACGAGCCCGUUUUCAAGUCCACUGUGAUUGUGAAUGACGUCAGAUACGAUUCUCUCGCCGGGUUUUUCAAUCGCAAGGCAGCAGAGCAGUCGGCGGCAGAGGUUGCACUCGCGGAAAUAGAGAAGUCUGGGAAAAUGACGGAGUGUUUGCCCACAGUUGUAAGUUUCUUGCCGAUCCGAAGAGGGAGGAUGCCCCUUCUUGCUAUCUCACUGAUUCCACUGAAGAGGGAACAUGGGACUGAAUGCCCCAGAGAUCUCCGCUCAGAUUUCUUGGAUCCUUGCUUGGUAUCUCAGACCCAGCAUGCGUCUCCAGCUUUUCUUAUUCUUGGGCGUGAAAAUCCUCAUAAAAAUUCAUCUUUUUGUUCUCAUUUCCGAUGUCUUCCUAGAUUUCUCUCUCUAGCCGUAUCAUAUCGUGGUAUACCUUUUUUUCUGGAUGAGGCACAUGCAUGAGAUCUUAAUUGAGCUGAAGCCCAGAGCAUGAUUGGUCUUCACCCCUUGUUUUUUUUCCCUUUUUGUCUUCGUUGUUCAUCUCGUUUUGAUCUAUGAUUCCUUUUUUUUAUCUUUCUCUGCGCCUGGUAAUGGCCUCACCAGCACGAGACAGGCCUGUGCAAGAACCUGCUCCAGGAGUAUGCUCAGAAGAUGAACUACGCGAUUCCUUCAUACCAAUGCAACAAGCAGGCCUCGGGAAAGCUGCCCUUCUCCUGCACCGUCGAGAUCGGAGGAAUUCAGUACAUCGGAGCCGCAGCGAGAACCAAGAAGGAGGCCGAGAUCAAAGCUGCCCGGACCGCACUCUUGGCGAUCAACUCGACUUCAUGUAUGAACAAUAAUUUUCUUUUCUUUUUCUUUUUUUUUUUUGUUAGUUUGAUAAUCCUCUGUUAAAGCUUCAGAUUCCCGUUGCCAGGGGGCUAUGGGAUAAACGGAGUGUCUCAGUACACGGUUCUCCCGGGCAAGAAGAAGGGGAAGGAGUCGGCGGCACCGACAGAAGCGGUCAAGAACGUCAAACCCAGGAGAGCAGAGUUCAAGAAAAAAUGGCCCAAGAGAAAAUUCCCCCGGAACAAGGCCCGUUGGUUAAAGCCCGACAACAAUGAUCUGGGGACUGAUGGAGAUGGCCCCGGGGCAGAAGCUGCCAAUGGCGAGGUGCCAGCGGUGGUCAACGGCUCUAACUUUGGGGAGAACAAUGAACCAAAUCCGUGCCCGACGGUCAACGGGGAAUUCCCGGGUGGCUCGACUGCGGUGUUGGCCGAGGUUCCUCCUUCUGCCGAGGAACCAGGCGCCAUCCCAUUCACAGUCUCCAGUGAUCAUCAUAUUAGAGAAGAUGGAUCCGUUCAUCAUUCUGAAGAUGGAGUUUUGACCAGUCUCAUCCGCUUGGGAGGCGGCGAUAACCCGCAGUGGUAG